AGUAUUUACGAGCGGACUGACCGGUGCAAGGAGCCAUUCAGCGAUUAUUCGCAUAUUAACGUUAAAAUCACGUUGAUAGUACAGUAUGUCGUUACAUACACCAAAACAAAAUUACCAGUAGACACGAAGUGGAGACUUUAUAUUAAAGUAACGUGUAUAUAAUUGCGACAAUAUGGCGGCGCCCGUUGCUGCGCUCUCCUCUUCAACCUAACCAGCAGCGUUAUUUUGGGAACCAGUCAAACAGAGACAAUGUGGCUGACAGCUCGCAGCCUGUCCAAAGUGCUGCAGCUCACCCUGGCGGUGAUCAAACCAGAUGCUGUAGCUCAUCCUGUGAUGCUAGAGGCUCUUCACCAGACAAUCCUGGACAACAAGUUUGUGAUUGUUAGAUGCAAAGAUCUCGUGUGGAGGAGACAGGACUCCGAGAGGUUUUAUGCUGAACAUUCAGAGCGAUUCUUCUACCAAAGACUAGUUGAAUUCAUGUCAAGUGGUCCGAUGCGAGCAUACAUUUUAGCCAGAGAGGACGCCAUACGUCACUGGAGAGAACUGAUGGGACCGACCAAAGUGUUCAGAGCCAGAUAUACUGCGCCUGCUUCCAUCAGGGCCCAGUUUGGACUCACGGACACACGAAACACGACUCACGGCUCAGAUUCAGUCGAGUCGGCACAAAGAGAAAUCCGUUUCUUCUUCCCAGACUUCUGCGCAGAGGAAUGGAUGGAGAAGGAAGAGACAUCAUUCCGAUCAGGACAAAUGCAUUACGACGAUCAAAAACACAUCCAUACACUUUCAAUGCAAAGCUGAUCCCAGAACUGCUGUCUGUCACUGAUCUCCAGGGACCUCUUAGAAACUCUGCAAUUGUUAAUCGAUUGCUUGUACAACAAAAUGCAAGCUUCCAGAGAAGAUGCUACACAUAUAUAUAUAUAUAUAUAUAUAAAUAAAUAAAUAAAUAAUGUAUUCUGUGUGAUGAUCCCGGAAAAGCACACGUUUAAUGUUUUUUGUUUGCCAGCACAGUUUGUCAAAGUGCCAACAUGUUUAUCCCAUGUUUCUGUCAUUAAAACAUGUCCAAGAUA